UCAAAAGAUGAAGAGUCACUAUACAAACACCAUUUAUGUUGUUUAUCUCUUAUUUUGUCUCUUGAUCGGAUCGGCCUCUGCACAAUCCCUCAUACGACAAUCCACUGAUGACCGAAACACACCUCGACAACAGGAGAAUGUAGCAAAGGCAGACUCAAUCCUGGGAGAAGCGCAUUACUUGGAUAAAGGUGACCUAGAGAUCUCCUCACGUGAUUAUAAAGUCUCACCUUCAAACCAAGUGACGGGUAUGAGAAGUCGUCCUCCAAUGUCUUACUCUCUCAAAAUGGAGUCUUUCAACACUCUCCUUCAGUCAACAAACACAGAGAGAUACGAAUCUCGUCCUUUUUCGGUUGGUGGAUACAAUUGGUCACUUAUUGUGUAUCCCAAGGGGAACAUACAGGAUAGUGCUUCAGGGUUCAUUUCGCUUUAUGUAGCCAUAGACAACUCGACUUUCGUUGCUGCACAUGAAGAGGUUUUCGCAGAUCUCAGGUUUUACGUAUUCAAAAAGACCGAGAGGAAGUACUUCACCAUCAAAGAUACAAAUAUAUGGCGAUACAAUAUUUUCAAAACGAUGUGGGGAUUCCCUCGGGUCCUACCUCAUGCUACUUUCACAAACCCGAGCAACGGAUACCUCUUCGAUGGAGAUCACUGCGAGUUUGGUGUGGAUGUGACUAUUCAUACUCCCUUUCAAAGAUCAGAACUUUUCACUGUCGCUAGGAAUUUCCCUAACCCGAGGUACACCUGGACUAUUCAGAAGUUCUCCACGCUGCUCGGAGAUGUUUACUUCUCUGACGUGUUCUCCAUCGGAGGAAGAAGUUGGAAUAUACAAGUGAAUCCAAGUGGCCAAACGGGAGAAGGAAGAGCCUUGUCGAUGUUUCUUCUCCUUAAUGCGAACGAGAAAAUCAGACCCUAUGAGAAGAUUUAUGUUCGAGCCAAGCUUAGAGUCCUUAACAAAGGUGCCUCGCCCAAGGGGAGAACCAUCGAAAAGUCACUCGAUAAUUGGUUCACUGGUCCGGGAUUAGGUUGGGGAUACCGUGAGUUUAUCUCUCUAGCUGAUCUCAGGGAUCCAGAGAGCGGUUAUCUCGUGAAUGAUAAGUUGACUGUUCAAGUCGAAAUGGAAGCAAUUUCUUCAACCAGGUACUUCCCUAGUUAGAUUUCUCUAACCAAGGAACUUGUAGCUCUAUGUAAUUUGCUUUCUUAUCAACCACUUAAUAAUAAGAAAUGUAUGUGUGUGCGUAACAAAUUAAUGCGUUCUGUAUGUCUCCAACCAUCA